CUCUCAGAGCGUCAUGUCUAAGCAGUUGGUUCACUCUGCUGUGUCUGGGGCUCAACGAGAGCGCUGAGAGGCUGUUAUUUAGGUCUGUUACAGCGCACCAAGGAGAGGGGGGUGGCAGCAGACAGGCAGAGAGCAGAGCUAAGGAACCAGAGCUGCAUUCCAGACGGGACGGAAAAGAGGGGGGAAGCUCAGCAUCUGCAACGACAGAGAGUGACAGUAAUAGAGAAGUUGAAGGGGAGGGAAGCAGGUCCAGAUAGCUGCUGCGGGCUCUGCUGUUGUCACUGCCUUGGCGAGUGACGUGAGCAGAGGAACCAGGACAGUAGCGGCCGGCAGGCAGGACUCAGCGCCCGUAGUGAUUUGUGCCAAGGGCUGGGGAGGAGGGCAAUAUGUUCGACUGCAUGGAAGCCCUGGGAAUGGGCCCCCGUCAGCUCUAUGAUGUCACCAGCCGCGGUGCGUGCAUGCUGCGGAAGGCAAGCCCCUUCUUCCCGGGUUUGGACCCCUUUGCUUGGACAGGCAGUGCCAGUGUUCAGUCGGUGGAGACACAGAGCACCAGCUCAGAAGAGAUGGUACCCAGUUCCCCGUCCCCUCCUCCCCCACCUCGUGUCUACAAACCCUGCUUUGUGUGCCAGGACAAGUCCUCGGGGGUACCACUACGGGGUCAGUUCCUGCGAGGGCUGCAAGGGUUUCUUCCGUCGCAGUAUCCAAAAGAACAUGGUGUACACCUGUCACAGAGACAAGAACUGCCAGAUUAACAAGGUCACUCGUAACCGCUGCCAGUACUGCAGGCUGCAGAAGUGCUUUGAGGUCGGCAUGUCCAAGGAAGCGGUGCGUAAUGACAGAAACAAAAAAAAGAAGGAUGUGAAGGAGGAGGUGGUGCUACCAGAAAGCUAUGAGCUAAGUGGAGAGCUGGAAGAGUUGGUUAAUAAAGUCAGCAAAGCUCACCAAGAAACAUUUCCUUCACUUUGUCAGCUGGGAAAAUACACCACCAACUCCAGCUCGGACCACCGUGUUCAGUUGGAUCUGGGUCUCUGGGACAAGUUCAGCGAGCUCUCCACCAAAUGCAUCAUCAAGAUUGUGGAAUUUGCAAAGCGCCUGCCGGGCUUCACCACACUCACUAUCGCUGACCAAAUCACUCUGCUAAAGUCAGCCUGCCUGGACAUUCUGAUGCUGCGAAUCUGCACACGCUACACCCCUGAACAGGACACUAUGACCUUCUCAGAUGGUCUGACUUUGAACAGAACUCAGAUGCACAAUGCUGGCUUUGGACCACUCACAGAUCUGGUUUUUGCCUUUGCUGGCCAACUUCUACCCUUGGAGAUGGAUGACACUGAAACUGGUCUCCUUAGUGCCAUCUGCCUUAUCUGUGGAGAUCGCAUGGAUCUUGAGGAGCCAGAAAAAGUGGAUAAGCUUCAAGAACCUUUACUUGAGGCUCUUAAGAUCUAUGCCCGCCGGCGCCGCCCCAAUAAACCUCACAUGUUCCCUCGUAUGCUGAUGAAGAUCACUGACCUCAGAGGGAUCAGCACUAAAGGUGCCGAAAGAGCCAUCACCUUAAAAAUGGAGAUCCCAGGCCCAAUGCCUCCUUUGAUCAGGGAGAUGCUCGAGAACCCAGACGCAUUUGAGGACCAAACGGAAAGCAACGAGAGUCCACAGCCCCCACCACCGCCGCCGCCGCCACCACCGGCUCUGGUUGUAAAGCAGGAGGUUGAAGAUGAGGACGACAGCUGGGGCACAGAAAACUGCAGUGAGCCAUCGCCAGAAGAGGAGGACGAAGAUGAGGAUGAUGACCUUGGAGAUGAAGAGCGAGACAGGGGCUCGGACAGUGACGGGGAACCCUGGGGUGUUUUGGAUACCUUAGAUGGGUCGAGGAAAGGCCUUGUAGGGAGGGCGCAGUGAAGAGAACAUUUCAUGCUCGUAUAGGCUCUUGUUAUAAACACAUGCAAACAUCCACACACACAAUAUCAUAUAGACGUACAACAAAACCUCACUCACUGUUCUUCCAAAAUGUAAAAAAAAAGAAAGAAAAGAAAAUGCUGGCCUUUCCUUACUCCCUCUGCUCUCCUUGCUGCACAUCACUGUGUCCUCCUAUUUGGAGCACAGCAGAGCCUUAAGUGUACAGACACUUCUAACUCAGGCCACAUGGUCCAUGACACGGAAACUGCAGAAGCAUAAAGUCAAGAAGAGGCAGCAGUAGACCAUAUGAACUCUUGGCUUGGCCUCGAGGGAAGUUAACAUGACAAAAGGAACGUAACCUCUUUAAAAAGCUAAAUAUUUCCUUUCUUUGCUACUAUUGUUCUUGAUAUCUAAAAUAGGGGGACAGCCAAACCAGAUACCAGAACUGAGCAGUUGAAUUCUGAUGGAUUACAACAAGCACAUUAUAACAAAAGUACAGGGCAAUACCAAAUUGAGUAUGCUAACCUUUUUUAUUUGUUUGUGGUUAUUGCUUUUGAACAUUGGUUUCUGAUUGUUUUUUUCUUUUUUUGUUUAAAUUACUAAAUAAGUUCAUACAUAUCUAUAUAAUGUCAUAUUUUGUCUUUCAUGUGUUUAUUAUGGCUAUAUACCUAUAAAUUCCUUUGGCAAUUUUUUCAUUUAGAUUACUUUGGAAGACAUUCGGAGGGAAAGAAGCAUCAAUACAGCUGGCUGAGUCUUCCUUAUUAUCUGUAGAAGCUCUAUCUUAGUUUUUUGUUUGUUUUUGGAGCAACAUGGCUUGCUGCAGAUCUCAAUGAUAAUCAUACAGAACUAAUAUUAUGUUUGCAGUGACCCAAUCGGUUUCUGUUAUCAGGGAAUUGCCAUUUUUUUCUUUUUUGCUGCCAUUAAAGCAAUAUGUGCAGGAAGUAUCUUUGUGCCAAAGUUAGGGAAAGUCAACCUUUGAGAAUAGGUUUGACUACAGGCAGGGACUCCAGCUACAAUCAGGUGUUACUCACACUAAAGUGCUCACUUUUGACGUGCACUAGGAACACACGCUCAGUUAUGUAAACAACUUACACACUUUCAUUGGACUUCACUUAGUAAGAGAUGUGCCACCAUGGUUUAAACUUGACUGCAAAAGUAGCAUUUUAGUCUGCAACUUUGGCACAUCUCACCCAUUUAGGUUAAAUCCUUUAUCUCUUAACAUGAUAUUCUGACCUUAGCAUGUCAGACAUGGGAUGCAAAAUGAAGACAUCUGAAUUAAGGAUAUAUUUUCUCUGACUGGUGACUGUCUUGCAGGAAACUAAAAACUAUCUGAUAUGUGAACGUACCAUACAGAAGUGCUUCCAAGCUGCCCUGACAAAAGCACUCCUCUUCGGUGUGGAAGUUGUUACUGUAAGAUGAACGCUUGCUGGUUUUAGCAGCAGUGUGGUGUUUGAAAAUGAUGCCUAAGGAAGCACAAAAUCUGUCAGACGCUAUUUGAAAGGAAAUUUUUCACCAUUCAUCUACUUUGCUUGGACAGAGCGCUAGACUUCACUGUGUACCCAACAGUUAGUACUUUUACAGCAUUGUUUGUUUUGUAAUCAAAUGCUUUUGGUACAAGGAGUAACCUCCUGCAACAUGGUGUCAAAGUUAGUGCCCACCUUUGAGGAGUUUUGUAGGAAAUCUGAAUAUGUAACAGCAAAUUAUUGUAAGUUAUUCUUUUAGAAUUCAUUGUCAUUCAACAGCAGGACAUGCUUCAUUUAGAAAUUAUAAGAAUCUGGGUCUGCCUUCUCUAGGAGCACACGCGAAAAUUCAUGUUUAGCUGUUCUGAUGGUGCAGAUCGCUAAUAGAAGAUGCAAACUCUGCUUUUGAACUCUAAACUACAGGCCUGAGGUUUGGAAGGGACUUAAUGUUUCCUUGUAGAAUGCCUCAAUUUAUAAUUUGUAUGGAUUUUGCCAUUUCUUUACUGCACAGUAAGACAAAGAUUGAUCAACUGUUUUUGGAGUUGACGUUUUCAUUAAUGUUGGCAGAGCCUAAAGAAAGAAAGAGUUUAUGGGUUUAGAUAAGGAGGAGUCACACCAUCUGUGCAAAGAUAUAAAAAACUAAAUACAGUUUACGGGGAAAGAAGACCUCAAAAAGCUGAUUAUUAAAAAAAAAUGUAUGUUGAUCGAUAACUUAACACUAUCUAUUCUGUAGAACAAUGUAUUAGUAAAACUACAUUGAGUCUGUGGAAAGUUAAUCUUGCUUUCAAGCAUUUGGCCUGCAGUGGAGUUCAUAAACAGAAAUCUGAAUCACCUAAAGUUAGAAGAGGCAGGUCUGGACCUUUUGGAAAUUGCAGAUUAGAAAUCCACCUUUAAAACUCCAAUCAGCAUAGUUAAUCCACACAUUACCUUAGACUCAAUCAUCGACAACAUAGUGGCAUCAACAUAAUGAACAAAGACAAAUGCAGGAUUUUCUUCAGUUUUACUAAAACAUAUUUUUAAUCAGACUCAGGGCUUUUCAGAAAGGACCAAACACUAGAUGCUCUUAUGGCAUUCUAGAAACAGGCAAUAUUUAUGUGUGUAUUUCUAACUGUGGAUUAAAAGCCCCCAUAGCAUAGAUGCUAGUCUGACUCUCAUCACCACCCUCACCGAGCAUCUGUGCAGCAAACUGCCUUCUGAUCUCAAAGCCAUUAUCUCAUCUUGUCUUCUAAUGUAUACUCCCAACUCUUAUUGAGGGAGAGGAAUGUGUGUUCUCAUGUAUCAAUUCUUAAUUGCCAAAACGUCAGAAUGGGCGAUUAGCUGGGAGACAAUGGCUGAUGUACAGUGCAGAGGUUCUUUUUUUAUAUUAUUAUCUCUGUUUAAAGCAAUAUGGACAUUCUUCUAGUAGCAAUGAGACUUGCCAUCUGAACAUAGGCAGGUCUCUUUGUGUGUGUUUGUAUGUGUGUCUUUGGUUGUAUGUACAUGGAUGCUGUUACAUGUCUUUGGUCAAUGGGUGAAUGUCCUCAGCAUGGUGCUGCCACAGUCUUGUGUGGCAACCUCAUCCUUCCUUUCUCUGCUGGGCUGUCAAGAUGUCAGUAAUGGUAAUGCUGGCAGAACAUUGAGAUUAUGUUGUUUUCUGUAUUUUGUUUUGUCAACAUGGCCAACAUGUUGCCAAUCCUCUGUUUAUUUCAACUCUUGUCAUACAAAGAAAAGCCAUAUAAACAGUAAGAGGCACAAUAAACUACUUUUGUGAGA